UGCGUGCCGCGGGGCAUGCCGGGAGCGCGCAGUGGCGGCAGCGGCAGCGGCAGCGACGGCAGUAACAGCGGCCGCUCGAGCGGGGACAGCAGCGGGGCGGUGACCGUGUGGGAGGUGGUCUCACUCCUGGGGAAACUGCUGGGGACCGUCGCCGCGCUGAAGGUGGUCCUGUACCUGCUCCGGGUGUGCUUCGCGAUGGCCUGGAAAUCCGGCGGCGCCAGCCACUCGGAGCUAAUCCACAACCUCCGCAAAAAUGGAAUCAUCAAGACAGAUAAAGUAUUUGAAGUGAUGCUGUCUACAGACCGCUCCCACUAUGCAAAAUCUAACCCUUACAUGGAUUCUCCACAGUCAAUAGGUUUCCAAGCUACAAUCAGCGCUCCUCACAUGCAUGCGUAUGCACUAGAACUUCUGUUUGACCAGCUCCACGAAGGCGCGAAAGCCCUCGAUGUAGGAUCUGGAAGCGGAAUCCUCACCGCAUGUUUUGCACGGAUGGUUGGACAAAGUGGAAAAGUCAUAGGAAUCGAUCACAUUAAAGAACUAGUAGAUGACUCAAUAAAUAAUGUCAAAAAGGACGACCCAAUGCUUCUGUCCUCGGGGCGAGUACGACUGGUUGGGAUGAACUGUAACAGCAACGUGAGCUUGGCCAGUCUGUACCAUUGCAGUGGAUUGCUCGUCUCGGUCCUUACAGCCUCUGAAAAUCAACAGCAUCACAGCUUGUUUUGGACUUUGUUAGACUCUUAUUUUCAGCAUGAAAAUGUGUGGUUUUGUAGGACUUCCUAAUUCAAAGAGGCGCAGAGCCAGGCUGGUAGAGGAGAGCUGUCUGCAAAGUAUAACUUUGUGUGUUAAUUUAACAUGCCCAUGUUUUACUUUAAAAGAAUUGAAGGAAAGGGUUCUCCACAUGCAAAGCUUGGUUUUCGAAUUAGUUUUGAAGAGUGGCUUUGCUUUUCUUGACACUUAAUUCUGUUCCAAUAUUAAUUUAUCAGACUUCUUUUGUGCAUCAGAUAACACCACCAUUCACAAGUUUAGAUUUCUUGGUAGCUGAGUCUGUUAGAUGCUACCAAGAAAAUAGAGAUGAGCUUUCUUUUUAAAGCCUUUGAUGUGGUGUCAUAGGAUAGCAUGUUGUAGAUACAAUCAGCUGCUGUUACCUUAAAACUAGGUGUUUGUAAAUACUGAAACUUAAGACGACGGCAGGUGGUGUCCCGUAAACACUCAGCUGUUGAGAUUGGACAUCUCUGAUGUAAUUUUCCUCUCUUUAAAACUGAUAGGAGGUUGUAGCUUAAUAGUGUUUUCUGUUUCUAGUUUGCUGCUGAUACUGUAUCUGCACCUAACACUCUGUGUAAGCUGUUGCUAGUAUCUGCACAGUUUACACAGCGCUGCUUUGCCAAAUAAAAUUAAAAGCAAAAGAAGCGUUGAUGGCGUUUGAAUCUAGAAGAACAGAGGUCUGCUAGGUCCAGAUGCUGCCCACAAUCAUGGGGCAACUCUCCUGCUGCUGCGCUUUGUGAGCUCCUGGGAGGUAAAUAUGGAUAGCAUUAGUCCGUGGACAUGGUUGUAUUCCUUCAGGACACAGACUGUGUGUUCACUGUUCCUCACUGCCUUCCCAGCCCAGGGCUCGCUAUGUGAUAGCUCUGUGGUAAGUGCCCAAGGAGUGAGUGGCUGAGUUUAGUAUCAAGAAAGAACGUGGUUGAGAGUACACAUACCAAAAUCUAUGUUUCAUCUAUAAAUAGACUCAUUUAAUAACUGCAGAGUGUGGAUCUGUGAAGCAAUGGCACUUUGAGGCUCUUAUUUAAAUGCAGUUUUAUAUUUUCUAAGAAGAUAUUAGUUUUUUGUGAAGAUUCUUGAACUUGAGGGACGAUUACCAGCUUCUGAUGAGGGGGCCUGGCGUCCCCAGCAGAGCCUUCCCUCCCAUGUGACGGGCACGUGGUUCUGGUACAUGAUGCUUAGUAUGAGAGAAACCCUUCCACACUCUUCAAGUCUUACUUAUUUAAGUCAAGCAGACGUCAUCUCACAAGUGUCUUCUUGGCUGAGGUCUCAGUCACAAGAAACUAGCAUUUUUUGUGGUUCCACAGACUUGAAAAUCUUACCCAGCUUCAGUUUGCUACUGGUUGUGGCUUUGGAAUCCUGGCAGUGAACUCUGGUGCCCGGGAUGCAUGGUCAUUUGAAGUAUGUGUAAAGGUCAAGUGUUCUUUCAGGCUUUAAAGUAAAUAAAUUCUUAAACAUA